UGAACUUUUUUUCAUCUUCUUUGUGGUAUAUUUUAGUGCCUUUUGGUGGUGGAUUAGGUUUUUUUCUUUGUUGAUACACCAGAAAACCAAACACCCAGUUACCUAUUUUAAUUCCUUUCUGUGUUUGUUUUAGUGGGUGGUUAUGGAAAUUAUGUAUCUGCAACUGGGUCACUCUUCUUAUCAAGAUUCUCUCAAGGUUUUAGAGGCUGAUAUUCAACUUGCUAAUGCUUUGGCCGGUGAAAUUCCUAGAGGAAAGCGUGGCGCGCGUCUUCAGAUGAAACUAGUUUAUAAUCAAUGGACUCCCAUCUUGCUUUUUUUGCUGCAACGGAUAGAUUUAUCUUGGAUAUGUCUGCUUCCAAGAUAUUUGAAUCUGUUUCACAUAUUUGUAUAUAAGCAGGUAUAUUCUGAUGGCAGACCAAACUUACCUACGCACGGAAGAAAAGCAACAAUUAAGGAAUUCUACGGUGUUAUAUUACCGUCUCUUCAACGGCUUCAUAGUAAUUUGGAAGAGUUAGAGGGUGUUAAUUUGGGAGUGGAGAUUUCAGCAAAAAAGAAGGUGGAAGGAGAUUAUAAGCUUGCAAAUAUCGAAUUGGAGAGAGAAGAUGAAUGCGGAAUUUGCUUGGAGCCCUGCACAAAAGUGGUCCUGCCUAAUUGUUGCCAUGCAAUGUGCAUCAAAUGCUACCGCAAUUGGAACACGAGGUCCGAAUCUUGCCCCUUUUGCCGCGGUAGCUUAAAGAGAGUUAACUCGGAAGACCUGUGGGUGCUCACUUGUAACAAUGACGUAGUCGAUCCAAAAACAAUUACCAAGGAGGAUUUGUUGCGGUUCUACCUCUAUAUCAAUAGCUUGCCAAAAUACUAUCCAGAUGCUCUUUUCUUAGUGUAUUACGAGUAUCUCAUGUAAAUGAAGUGCAUAAGAGGAUCAAUGUACAGUUAGCAAAAGCCAACCAUCAAAUGUAAAUAUUAGUAUGGUAAGCACAUUUAUCUCCAUCACAUGUAAUUACGUAAAUAACAGUCUGGUAAGCACAUUCGUCUGUGAUGCGCACGGCAACAAAAAAAGGAUCGAUGGCAUCUCGUGCUUGUCUGAGUUUCCAUAUGACAGUGCUCUCAUAAUCAAAUUUCAAACUUGCAUUCUCGUAAA